GUGGAUACAAACGUGAUUGUGCUUAAGAUGGCGAGCGUUAAACGGAAGUGGCAGGUGUUCCCUGGGCGCAACAAAUUCUACUGCGAUGGGCGGAUAAUGAUGGCACAGCAGACGGGCAUCUUUUACUUCACCGUUGGUCUUAUAUUUGUCACAAAUGUGCUUUUCUUUGUCUUUGACUGUCCCUUCUUGGCAAAAUAUCUUACGCCAGCAAUCCCAGCUGUCGGAGCUCUCUUGUUUAUCUUCGUCAUGUCGUCCCUUUUCCACACGUCAUUCAGUGACCCAGGGAUCAUUCCCAGGGCGACGGCCGAGGAGGCUAUUUAUACGGAAAAGCAAAUUGAGGUGCCGAAUUCUGGCAAUGUUCCCAGCUAUCGGCCUCCACCACGAACCAAGGAAAUAACUGUCAGGGGCGUAACUGUAAAGCUUAAGUACUGUUUUACCUGCAAAAUAUUCAGACCACCUCGAGCAUCACACUGUUCAAUCUGCGAUAAUUGUGUUGAGCGGUUUGACCAUCACUGCCCAUGGGUCGGUAACUGCGUAGGCAAAAGAAAUUACCGGUAUUUCUACCUCUUCAUUAUAUCUCUGGCUUUUCUCUGUGUGUUCAUAUUCUCCUGCGUCAUUGCACAUCUUGUCAUAUACAUGAACAAGGAAGGUAAGACUUUCAUGGUGGCCAUCCAGAAGAACCCAGCAUCUGUGAUAGAAGGUGUCAUCUGCUUUUUCUCGGUGUGGUCCCAGGGCUGGCUGGCGGGCUUCCACACCUACCUCACCACAUCCAACCAAACCACCAAUGAGGAUAUCAAAGGUUCAUUUACUGCUCGUCGUGGCCAAGCUAACUUCAAUCCCUACGGAUAUGGGAACUUCUGCCUCAACUGCCUGGCUGUUCUUUGUGGACCAGUUCAGCCGAGUCUCAUUGGUACUAGUACACUUAAGAAAUAG